AUGGGAGGGUUAGAGAGGAAAGGGACAGUGACACCACUUGAGUCACAGUUCCCCCCAGAGGAGGUGCACAAGGCCACUAAGCAAUUCCAAGACGCCAUCGCCGAAAACAACAACCAGCUUCACGUCCUACAACGUUUUCUCGCAGACAACAACAACCUCGUCAACCUCGUCCAGAAACUCCCCGAACAACUCUCUCAUGAUGUCAUGGUUCCGUUUGGGAAAGCAGCGUUCUUCCCUGGUCGUUUGAUUCAUACCAACGAGUUCAUGGUUCUUUUGGGAGAAGGGUAUUAUGCAGACAGAACUUCCACACAAACUGUUGAUAUUUUGCAACGAAGAGGGGAGUCCUUGAAUUCUCAGGUUGAUUCACUUCAGGCCAUGAUCAACAACCUUUCCUCCUUUAUCAAUGUCACAGAUUCUGAAGUAGCGGAGGGUCUUGUGGAAAUAAGAGAAGAGUAUGUGGAGGGCGAAUCUGAAGAAGAGGGUUCUGAAUCAGAUUCAGCUAUUGAAGAUGUUCCUAGUUCUGGGAAUGAUACUUCCAAAGAAGUGGACUAUGCUGAAUUUUUAUCUUUAAUGGAUGAACUUGAGAAAAAAGAAGCACUUGCUGAAAAAAAUGGCGAUGACAGUGAUCCAAGUGAGGAGACUACUGCUGAUUUUGAUGAUAGUCAAUAUCAGAGACCUGCCGAUAACAAUCCCCAAAAUCCAGAAGGUAGUAAUCAAGCCAUACCACUGGACCAGAGAAGCAAUAGAAAUGUAACUGAUGAGUUUCCAAAAAAGCAUAAUCGUCAAGAUAUAACUGAUCAGUUGAAUUUUGCGAACCUGGCUGUUCAAUCUCAAGUAAAAGAAGGGAAAAUUUUAGCACAAAAUGUGAAAUCCAUUGAUUCUAGUGUGAAGCCGCCCAUAGUUCCUAAAGAGAAGAUAUCUCAAACAACUUCGACAUCGGAAAUUGAGGUUGAACAUCAAACUUCACAACCAUCAUUUGAUAGUCGCAAGGCUUUUACAGGCUCCAUCAUAGAGCAUGGCGAGAAUUUAAAAAAAGCUUCAAGAGAACAAAGUUCAACUUCACAGGUUUCUGGUUUUCAACCUUUAAAACCAGUCUCCAGAUUCAAAAUGCAGAGAAAAUAG